AGUUCUAACUUCUAACCUCAAACAUGUGCGAGUCUAGCCAGGAUAAAAGACCUCAAUUUGGAAACCGUUUUUUAUCCGAAGAAGAUAAUGUUUUCGAACACAAUGUAUGGUAUGAAAAAACAAAUAACAAUUGCUUUGUUUAAAUAUUCUUUAAAUUUUCAAUAUUGCACUACAUACAGAAAGAAACCUAAAUAUGGGUCUCGUUAUUUGAUUGAUAAAUCACAAGUUUAUGAUUUUAAUGCUUGGGACGAUGUGAAAUGGGAUGAAACCCAAGAAAAAGAGGCUCAAAAUAAAGUACAAGCAAAUAGUGAAAUUGAGUUUACUCCAGACGUUAUAGAAAAAUAUGAAAAAGAGGCUGAUAAAUAUUGGGAUGCAUUUUAUGAUAUUCAUACUAAUAGAUUUUUUAAAGAUCGACACUGGUUGUUUACUGAAUUUCCAGAAUUAACAGGGGAUAAAGACAAGUCACAAACAAUUUUUGAGAUUGGAUGUGGAGUGGGUAAUACUGUUUUCCCGAUUUUACGAUAUUCCACAAAUAAAAAUGUAUUUGUUUAUGGAUCGGAUUUUUCGUCAAAGGCAAUUGAUAUAUUGAAGAGUUCAGAAGAAUACAAUGAGGAGCGGUGUAAUGCCUUUGUUUUAGAUGCUACCCUAGAAAAAUGGGAUGUGCCAUUUGAUGAAAAUAGUAUUGAUAUAGUUAUAUUAAUUUUUGUCUUAUCUGCAAUUAACCCAACAAAGUUCUCAAGUAUCGUUUCACAAAUCUUCAAAUAUUUAAAACCUGGAGGUUUAGUAGUGUUUAGGGAUUAUGGUCGAUACGACCUUGCACAACUAAGGUUUAAACCUGGUCGGUGUUUAGGUGAGAAUUUUUAUGUGAGAGGCGAUGGAACAAGAGUCUAUUUUUUCACACAAGAUGAGGUAAAGUCAUUGUUCGAAGAUGCUGGAUUUAAGGAAGUGGAAAACAGAGUAGAUAGGCGCUUGCAAGUCAACAGGGGAAGGUUACUGGAAAUGUAUCGGGUAUGGAUACAGUGCAAAUACAGGAAGCCCUGAUAGAAACGAGUGCUUCGUUCCAUAUAUAUAUAUUCAUAUAUUACUUCUUUUAUUAACUUUCAUUACAUAAUUUAAUUAUGUUAAUUAAAAAGU